GGAAGUGUUGUGAGGUUCUGGAGGGUGAGGGAGGGGGUGGCAUGCUUGGCUAGGGCAGGGAGGCAUGUGCCAGCUCCCAGCCAGCCAGCUCUAUACCUGCCCUGUGUGGGCCCUGACCCCAACCUCUGUAUUUGCAGCUAGCAUGGACCAGCAACAGGCGCCACCAGAGCGAAGGCCUGCAGGACCUGCCACACACCUGCAGCCCAAGGAGGGGACACUGUGGGGACUCUUUGCCAUCCUGUCACUGCUGGCUGGGCUGGCCACAGGCACCCUGCGAACACCACACUGCAACGAGACGCUGGACGCAGCCCCCACGCCACGGGGCAUGGCCACUGCCAGCCUGUCUGUGGAGGAUGGUGUGGAGGCACCGCUUGCCGCUGCCUGGAGCCAGCUGUACGGGGACAACGCGACAACAGGUAGCCCAGGCACCACCGAGCUGGCAGAGGACCUGCUGCUGCGCGCUGAGCGCUCACCGCCAGGUGCCAGCAAAGCCAAAAAGGCGGGGGGGAAACCCCCACGGCGCACCCGUGGGCGAAACUGCCACAUCCGCAACCUGAUGGUGAAGGUACGGGACCUGGGCCUGGGCUUCAACUCGGACGAGAUUGUGCUCUUCAAGUACUGCAGCGGGUCCUGCCACCGGGCACGCAGCAACUAUGACCUGACGCUGGGCAGCCUGCUGCGGCAGCAGCUCAUCGCCCCGGGGCCACAGGAGCGGGUCCUCAGCCACCCCUGCUGCCGACCCACCCGCUAUGAGGCUGUCUCCUUCAUGGAUGUGGAGAACACAUGGCAGACAGUGGAGAAGCUCUCAGCAGCUGAGUGCAGCUGUAUUGGCUGAGGAAGGGGCUGCUGGCUUGGCCCCAGCUCGACACAUGCCGACAGACUCCAGCUUGCCACGUGCAGUGGCACUGUUGCUCAGAACAAGGGUUUGCAGAGGCUGCUGCCCCUGUUAUUACGUGGCCACAAAGAACCGAGGUGAGAUGGAGUCAUGACUGGGGUGUGGGUGGCCAAGCCCGCUCCUGCUCAGUGCCAAGCAGCUGGUGCCAGCAGCUACAUGGGGUCCUGCCCAGGUGCACUGGCUCGCAAGCUGAAGAGAGUAUGGACCAUCCCCACCACUCCCAAGGGUCUGCCAACCCGGUGUCCAUCAGCAGCACUCCUGCUCCUGCGCUCCAGGGGACAAGCAUCACCCAAGCUUCAGAGGGGGCAAAACCUCCCUGUCCCCUCGGGCACUGUGGGGUCAGUGGUGCAGAGAAGGGGUGUCCCUGAGGGCAGGGAUGCAGUGGGGCCAAUUUGCAUCAGAGUGGAGUGGGGGGAUCUGCACCCGGACCAGCAGCAGCCCCUGGUAUCUGCAGGGUGUUCAGUCAUAGACACCCAUUGGGACCCCCACGCCUGUCUGGUUCCCAGGGUAGUGGCAGGGUCCCCCCGCUGCUCCGUGGUGCUGUGGCACUAAACUAUUUAUUACUCUAAAUUAUUUAUUUAUUGUUCUCGAGCGGCAGCUCCUAUUUAUGACUUUGGGCCCCCAGCGGCCGGGUGUAAUUUAACCCCAGCGCUGCACUGAAGCCCUGGGCAGCGCCCCGUGCACCCCGCACCCUUUUUCUAUUAUUUGUAAAAUUUGAGGGAUAAACUCUAUUUUUGUACAGUCGCCUUUUCCUGUAGCAAUAAAGCGAUGGGCUGCGCGUCCAA